AUGGCCACUCGCGAGUCGGACCCGCCAAAGAAGCCAAUUGCAAGUCCCCCCCACCCUCUUAUUUUCACAGCAUCACUUCCAACUAACCUAGCUAUCAAAGUUAUACCCAACCCGAUCAUACUGAUAUCCGCGCGCGAAAGCUUCGAAUCUCGUCCACCACUCAUUACAUCCACAUCCCUUCCAUUCAUCUCCUUCAUCCCCGUACCAAGUAACCCCAGGAAUGAAGCAGUCAUCAUGAAGUUUUGGGGUGACUUGUAUUGGCGUUCCACACACUCCUUCGCCUAUCAGGCGACCCUUCUCCUUCUCAAUCUCCUUGUCACCCUGUUCCACGACAUCCUGCGCUACUUCAGGUACCACAGGAACCAGCUUCUCUUCAACGAUUCCGUUUUUGACGCCUUUUUCAUUGCUUCCGCUCUUCUUGACAAGAACAAGGACUUCCAACCCCGUGUUUCUGCCCGCAAACACGCAGCCAAGCAACUUGUCGGUCCCCAGGAGCCUACCGUCAAAGAACCAGCCGCUAGAAAGCAGUCCAUGCCCGUGACCGCCGCCAUCCUUGACGAUAACUUCGAUCUCGUCGCUGUCUUUGCCAUCAUUGCUGAAAGAGCCAAGCAGUUUGGCAUCGACACUGGCCUCUCAGGACUCGACGCCCCACAGUGCCCGUCAUUCUUCUACCAACAGCCCCGGUCCUCUGUCGCCCCGAUCCUGUCCAAAUAUAUCAACCAAGCACAGCAAUGCCAUUCGCCCGCUGCCCUCAAAUACCGGCGCGGCCAGAACAAGCCCGUCUCCAAAACCAAGAACAGCCGCAUCCUCAAGGAUCUACACGACAAGCUCAACGGGCUGUCGCCAUCCAGAGGCGUGCCACACGAGCCACUCACCUUCAAGUACCUCCUUCCCUUCAACGGGGGGUUUGUUCUGAUCGCCCACUCUAAGUCUGGCUUCUCAUUCUGGGUCUAUGCCCCCACCACCCCGGGUCAAAGUGGUACUCCUGGUGCUGGUGCCGGUGCCGGUCGCGGCAAGGGCAGCCGCGUUGGGCGACGCACUGGCGCCGGCCCUCGAGGCCUUCGUGGCCGCCCUAGCCGUGGUGGUGGCAGCGUUGGCAAAGGCAUUGGUCUCGGCAAUGGCGGAGAGGAUGAGGGCGAUAUGAGCGACGAAAAGAGCAAUCCUGACAAGGACAACCGCGACGCUGAAGACGGUCCGCCCAACUCCACCUACUACGCCUGUCCCUUCUACAAGUUCGAUCCAAGCAAGCACUUUCGCUGCUAUCGGAAGUAUGAAUUGAGAAGGUACUCCGAUGUCAAGCAGCAUAUCCUGCGGUGCCAUUCACUUGGAAACCUUUACUGCUCAAAUUGCUGGACGACCUGGAAGGAUGGUCAAGAUGUGCAGUGGGAGGCUCACUCAGCGAUGUGCUAUCUGCGCGUGCCUGAGCCAGAGCCUCUGCGCCCUAGGGAAGCGGCGGCACUCAAUGAGCUUAAUUUCGGCCACAUCAAUGAUGCCGAAAAGUGGUACAUGAUGUGGGAUCUUCUGUUUUUCAACCAUCCCCGCCCUGACUCCCCUUUCAUGGACCCCGGCCUGGGCGAAUUUCUUUGGCUUCUCACAAUAGCUGGAGAGGAGCUGAUGCGGCACUUUCCUUCAAUGACUUUGCCUAUACAGGCUAAUGUCGUCAACCGACCGCAGGCAUUACACAGUCUCGUUGAACAGAUCCAUGCCAUCUAUAGCUUUCCUUUUACUUCGGACCCAACUCGAGCGCCGAGAUAUAGGCGGCAGCAUGCCAUCGAUCAACAACAACAACAAUUACAAGCCCAGGAACAAGCUCGACAGGAGCAACAAAACAGACAGGCGCAACAAGCUCAACAGGCCCAACAGGCCCAACAGGCUCAACAGGCUCAACAGGAGGCGCAUCAGGCUCAACAGGCCCACCAAGAUGUCGAUCCAGGUCUCCUUGAGCAUAUCCCUGCGUAUGAUAUCAUGGAAGAGGACCUCGAUCAAUUCCUUGAUUUCGAGGCUGUUCUUGACGCGCAUAAUAAUGGCAGCUUUAUGCCUGGUCCUCCUCAACCCCCAGCGCCGCCGGCACCGCACGGAUUUUAA